AAUUACCACUUUCAUUCUCACAAUCUGUUCUACCGUGUGCUCACAGCUGUGCAACUCGACCAUGAAGACGCUUUGCCUCGUUUGCGUCACCAUCUUUCUCCUUUACCAAGCAUAUGGACAUGACAUUGUAGAAGAGAAGGAGGUAGAAGAGGACAUUGUACCUGAGAACCUCUUGAAGGAUCAGUACUUUCAGAACAUGUCGUUCUGGCAUCCAUUCCAAUCCAAAGUUGUGAUUACUAAGUGGAUAAACCACAAAACAAUUCGUGCUGCCUACUGUACACAAAAAGACAAUACCAGCGUAAAUACAAAGUAUUGCGACUGCGAAUCGAUAUCUUCGCUUGUCAUGAUCGAUGCAACAAAGGCCUACGAAUUCUCAAUCUACAUCAAUGCAACGAACCAACGUGAUAUGGAGAACUACUUUGGUUUCAGAGUGUACGACAGCAAUAAAGAAUAUAUAGCUUAUGCCUGGACAAGAUUUGUUAACAGUAAUUAUGCUUGGCAAAAAAAGACAAAAUACAUUUAUCCUCAUUACUUUCAGGACAGAAAUGAUGAUGGUAAACCCAAUUUUCCGAACUCUAAGACUACUAAUAGAGAAGCUUGGAUUCCGCCAUCCAAUACCACUUAUGUUUCUCUGCGAUUUGGAUCAUGCUAUUAUGGCACUGGACGUUUGACCCGCGAUACUGAGACAAGUCCAGGACGAUUAACGAGACAUGUAGUAGACCCACUAGGAAUAACCUUGUUUGCAUACCCAAUUAUUAAGGAAAUAGAAAUGCCAAAGAUUCUUGAGAUCAGUGCAGGCAUGAUCUUCAACGUAGCCAAAUCUGACCAGUGGUCAUCUGUAGCAACUUACAGUGGAAUGGCAUUUGUAAACGGAAUGCACACUGAUAUAGCAAGAGUUGAGGAGACAAAUGAGUCGAAAGACUGCUACUAUCCGUGGGGCGUUACAGAACUAUUCCAGAUUGAUAACCACAUGACAUACGAAUUUAGUGUCUGGAUACUGAGUACGGACAAAGAUCUUAACAACUUCCUUGGAUUUCAAGCGUUUGCUAAUGAAUUCUAUCCCCUUGAGGUUGGCAACACACACAAACCCUACUUCAAGAGAUCCGAUAACGACGCAAACACGUGGACACGAUGGAAUGGAUUUGUACUCCCAGCCAUGGGUAAUACCACUGUUCCCUCUUAUUACGCAAGCGGCGGCAGCUUUAGGUGGCAUCCUGAUACCGCGUUUGCUCAGCUGAGGUUCGGCACUUGCUAUGGCGAUGGAGAAAACGCAGGAAAGACUUACUUUGCCUACCCUCAGGUCGUACAAUUCAAUCUACAGCCAUAGAAAGCAACAGUCAGACGACAAUCAUGUGCUUUUGUCUUCCUAGAGUAGCAGUAAACACCCUGACCGUUUCGUUGUGUUUGUAGUUUCUGCCAUGGUGGAACAGUAGCUGGCAUGUUUAGCGUUUGAAGCACGUGCCAUGACUUUGAUAUUUGUGCUCUGCGACAGCACACGUAGUUGUAGCAUUGCACAUGUAUACAUAUAGCAUAUUUGCAAAGACUUCAUUCUCAAUUGUCUCUUUCCUUUCUCAACCAGA